ACUUAGCAUGCUGUACGAAGUCCUUCGACCGAGUACAGAUCGCUCACACCUUUUUCUCAUCGGUCGAUGAAGACUGAGAGGCUGUGAGCUGUGUGUGCUACUUCCACGCGAUUUCUGGGUCGCAUCGCACACUUAUCUAUAAUAUUCCAACUCGCCGUGAGGCUAGUUUUCUGCGACAUCUGUCCGCAAGAUGACGACUUCUCAAGAUGAUGCCGAGAAUCUAUAUCUCGUACGCCGAUACAGUGAGAUUGUCCGCGAUGAAAUGUCCGAUGAGCCCCUGUCACAAGGGCUGGCAGCAAAGGUAGACGCAGAUAUCGAGCGAGAAAAGAAGGGAAAGUUCCUGGCAGAAGAUGCAGUAAUGAACCUCUUAGGAGACGAUGCGAUUAACACAAAGUUUUAUGAAUCAAUCUGUGCCACGAAGCUUCUGGAUCUGGAAUCAAAGAGCCUCGAGCUGCAGACGACAUGGGUGAAAUUCUCCACCAAACUCAAGCUUGUGGACGACAGCAAGGUGGCGGCGACCUCAAAGCCCGAUAUGAACAUCGUGCGAUCUGCUAUAUACAGUGCGCAAAGCAAAAUUCAGAAGGACCAAAGUUCAAAGGUUGGAAAAGUGAAAGCCUUUUUCACCAAGAGUAUCCAAUGUCUGGAUGACCACAACUAUCUCUUCGACUUAUUACCUAGCGGCGACAAGUACACGAGCGUGUUCACAGGUGCGUUCUCGGCAAUAGUCAAGGCAACGGCCACCCAUGAGAAAAUAGCGAAUGAGAUCUCGGAUAGUCUUGACGAGAUAUCGGAUCAAGUGCGCUCGUUCUUCUUCGCUGUUAGCCUUCAUCCCAGAUCAAUGUAUAUCAAAUAUCACAUUGCUUUGUUUUACUAUGAGUUGUUUGGCUUCCUCAUCUCCGUCAUGCGCGAAUGGUACCAAUCGUCAUGGACCCGCUUUUCGAAGUCUUUUGGCAGCUCGUUUUUGGAAACGACAGUUCAAGGAACCCUGAAAACCCUCUCUCAAUACACACAACGGGUCAAGGACGAAGAUGCACGCAUGACCAGAGAGUUGAAUACCCGGCAGCUCAUGGCGCUCGGCACUAUCAUGCAAUCAACGUUCAAGGCUCAGGUGAAAAUGAAAAAGGACAUUGACAGAAAAUUCAAUGAGUUCUCCUUGCAAUCGAAUCGAUUAAUGGGACCUCCACCUCUUCCAGCCUCAAAAUUGCAAGCAUUCGAAGGAACGAAAGACGUGGCCCCAGAAGAUGUUGUUUCACUUAUUGCUGCAGCCCCGAAGUGGACAAGAGAUAGCAUCAUGAGAGACGUCGAGGCUUUUAGGCCGUAUCUCCAAGCCGCGGAGGAUGUGGAUAAACUGGUUGAGCUCGGCCGAUCUAUCGAUGUUAAUACCGAUAUCUCUGCUACAGUCCACAGAUGGAUCACAAGCGAUCGUUCUGAAGCUCUGUGGAUUGAAGGUCCGAGUGGGACAUCUCUACCGAGUCAGAGCACUCUCAUAUCGGCAUUCAUUUUGGGGAAUCUUAGACGGGUCGAAAUUCCCGCUAUGGUAGACUUCUGCCAGUACGAUCCAAAACAUUGGAGAACCUGGAAUGCAGAGAAGGAGUUCCUCAAGAUGACUUACGCGUUCAUAUAUCAAGCGGCGAAGGUGUUGCCAGAGAGGCUAGAGCCAGAGCUUGUGGAACGUGACUUCUCAACUGCUCGCUUUCAAAAGUUGAACGAGAACGUCUCAUCACUUCCAGAAGCGAUCCACCUCCUAGCAGAUCUUAUCACAGUUGGACCUCGCUUGCAAUUCUGUAUUGUGGACGGAUUGCAACUCUUCGGUGGCAGAAAUCUGAGUGGAUUGGUUCGAAAAAGCUUGAAAGACUUCGUCACUAUUUUGUGCGAGGCUGUAGCAAAGGCAUCGGGAGGUGAGCGCAUCAUCAAGGUACUUUUCACAACAGAUGGGAUUGUGGGAGAACUUGCGGAUUCUGCUAGGGCAAGACUGCUUACCAGACAGACAUUCUAUGACGAGGAUGAAGACGAAUUGUUGGCCAUCAACGAUGAGGAUUUAGUCAAAUGAAACCAGGAAUCGAAAAACUGCUGUGCAUUUCCGUACAUGGCGUGCCCUAGGAUACCGAGUACAUAUCAGAAGAGUAACGAAAGCAGUGCAAUGACGGAUACGAGGUGCCUUGCCCCCGAAGCUCAAUUCUAGGAAUAAAGGAAUCAUUUCAUAAUCUAGAGAGAGAAGACUGGACAUUUAAAUAAGAGGGGAAGAAGAGCUGAACAGAUACAAGGACGGAUUUUGUACUAGAACUAUAAGGAAGGAAUAUGCCCGCAUUGUAUUCCAAUUGUAAAUUGUUUUG